AUGGCCGGCGCCGAGAGAGGCACCACGCCCAUCGGUGAUGAAAAGGUCAUUUCAGACCAUAAAGAGCAUAUGAUGGGGGAAGUCACCCAUGAAGCAGCAGAAAGGGGCCAGCUCGCGACAGAUGAACAUGGCCAGCCCCUGGUAGAAUUUGACAAGGCCGCCGAGUCACGAUUGCGACUCAAGAUUGAUCUUUAUAUUGUCCCAACAGUUGCAAUCAUGUAUCUCUUUUGUUUCAUCGAUCGAGCCAAUGUUGUUCAAGCACUAAUUCGCUUCUUUUCUGGCACAGGUAACGCUAAAUUGGCCGGCUUCGACAAGGACCUUGGCCUCGUGGGCUAUGAUUAUAACGCCGUGCUCUCGAUCUUCUUUAUCUCUUAUAUUAUUUUUGAGAUCCCCAGCAAUCUCAUGUGCAAAUGGGUCGGGCCUGGAUGGUGGCUUCCAGCGAUCACAUUGGGAUUCGGUAUCUGUUCAGUCGCCACGGCUUUUGUCACUGAUAUGGCAAGCGCAUCUGGUGUGCGCUUCCUUUUGGGUGUGUUCGAGGCCGGACUCAUGCCUGGAAUUGCGUACUACCUCUCACGUUGGUAUCGACGAAGUGAACUUGCCUUCCGCCUCUCGUUGUAUAUUGUUAUGGCUCCUCUCGCUGGAGCGUUUGGUGGCCUUCUGGCCUCGGGAAUUCUCAUGAUCGAUCACGUCGGUUCACUCCGCAGCUGGCGUAUGAUCUUCGCGAUUGAAGGCAUCGUCACGAUUGGAAUUAGUCUCGUCGCAUUCGUCACAUUGACCGACCGACCCGAGACAGCCAAAUGGCUCUCCCAGGAAGAGAAGGAUUUAGCCAUUGCCCGUGUCAAAUCGGAGCGUGUUGGCGCGACAGAGGUCCUUGAUCGGCUUGAUGUAACUAAGACACUGCGCGGUAUCUUCAGCCCAGUGACAAUCGUAACCGGGUUGAUCUUUAUGUUGGACAACAUUACCGUUCAGGGUCUCGGAUUCUUUGCGCCCACCAUUGUCAAAACCAUCUAUCCCAAUGCCAGUGUGGUGUCUCAACAGCUGCAUACUGUGCCUCCUUAUGUUGUCGGCGCAUUUUUCACGGUGCUAUUCCCCUACCUCAGCUGGCGAUUCGAUAAUCGUUUGUUCUUCUUCAUUAUCAGCCCACCGCUAAUGAUGACUGGUUAUAUCAUGUUCCUAGCUAGUGAAGACAGUAUGGUACGAUAUGGGGCCACCUUUAUUAUCGCCUGUGGGGCCUUUGCCUUUGGCGCCCUAUGUACUGCAAACGCAUCGGCGAAUGUCAUCUCCGACACCGCGAGAUCUUCGGCUAUUGGAACGACGGUAAUGUUUGGAAAUAUCGGCGGACUCAUCAGCACCUGGUCAUUCUUGCCUUUUGAUGGGCCCAACUAUCCGAUUGGUAAUGGGCUCAACUUGGCAACUUCGAGCACCACUCUCCUCCUUGGAGCCGGCCUAUGGGCUUAUAUUAUAUGGGACAAUCGGCGCCGUGCGCGAGUCGAUAUCCACAGCGCGUUGGCGGGACUUUCCCAGCAACAGAUUCAGGAUCUGGACUGGCGCAAUCCUGGGUUCCGCUGGCGACCAUAG